CAAAAUCGCUGCCACCCUCAAAGAGGAGUCGGAAAAAGCAUUAGCAACUAUGGGCCCAGUAGUGGAAGACCUUGGUGUUUGCCCACUUCCUGAUGCGUCUCCAUCAAUCAGACAAGUAUUUUCUACUGUGUGCGAUGAAGUGACUAAAGAUCAUGCUGCAGACCAAAACAAAGGUUACUCAACAGGUGCUGAUGAUGAUGAAUGGGAAAAUUUGCCUAAUGAAGGCAAUUUUCCACCACUAAAGCACCCUUCUUAUCUGCAUAAAAUGAAGAGCUUGACAAGGAGGAAGGCAUCCAAAUUGUCUAAUAGCACAAAAAGAGCAUUGCAGUUUCCAUGCAAAGCAAGAUCAGGCAUGACCGUUGCUGUGGAUACGGCAUGGCAGAAACGAGGCUUUGAUAGUCUUACUUGUGAACACAACUGCUGGGCUAUCUCCUGGUACACAUACUGAGCAGUAUGCCACAAAGAUGGCAAAGAAGAGGAAGGCCAUGCAAGAGAAGUCACAGCUGCCAUCCACAAAGCGUAGGCGUAUGAUUCUAAAGCAAGAACGAGCUGUUGUUCAGAGCGCAUCUGAAGUACUCGAAGGAAUAUCAUACCAAUCAGGUAUCGGACAUGAUGCUGAUACGGACAUUGAAAGUUUACCAGAGGCUGUACCACGGGGCAUUUUUAAACCCAUUCAUAUGAGUGAGGGAAAUACUGCAUCCUUUGUAACAUUUGACUUAGAAACUACUGACCUCAUUCGUGGACGAGUUGUACCCCACAUUACACAAAUGGCGGCCCAUGAACUACACUCUGGAGCAUCCUUUUCUGUGUAUGUGAUUCCUAGUUUGCCAAUAUCUAGCUCUUCACAACAAGUCACUGGCAUAGCUAUGAAUGGGUCCAACUGUAUGACAGUCAAUGGUAGACCUGUGGAGGCUUUAGAUAUACAUGGAGCAUUUGAUGGUUUCAUCAAAUGGAUAAAAUCAUUUCCAAAUGAAGUAUUGAUUUCUCAUAAUGGCAGACGUUUUGACUUUCCUGUACUCCUGAAAACUGUUAUGGAUAUUGGUAAAACUGGCGAGUUCUUUGACAAUGUAUGUGGGUUUAUAGACUCGCUUGCAGUAUUUAGGAAAAUAUAUCCAGGUAGAAAAACAUACAAACAAGAAGAAUUAGUGAAUUCACUUUUGAACACAAGUUAUGAUGCUCAUAAUGCAAUUGGUGACGUCAGAGCUUUAGGAAAAUUGAUUGAGCAUGUGGCGCUUUCAACACAAGAGCUUCUGCAGUACAGUUUCCCCCCACGUGCUGUCCAAAGUGCCUUUCUAUUCAGGGAGGAAAAAGCAAAAAAUCUACCUACACUGAAUCCUCUAAUUAGCCAUGGAGUUAUGAAGAUGUGUACUGCAGAAAAUGUUGCUGGUUCUGGCCUACAGCUUACCCAUCUUAGAAAAAAUUUUCAGCGUGAUGGAGAAGAUGGACUUAGAAGUACAUUUAUUGCGCCAAAUUCCGAAGGACAACCACGAGUGACAAAUGUAAAAAGAACCCUUGAAAGUGUUGUACCUAAAUUGGUAGAUUAUUUUGUAAAGAAUUAAUUCUUUUCAAUUAUUACAUGUGCUAGAAUAUACAUGUAUUUGCAUUUACAUGUAUAUCUGUCAACAUAUUUGAUACGUUUUUUAUUUCUUUUACCUCAGUGGCUCCUAUACAUAUAUUUGUACAUAGAUAAAUGUUUUCCUUAGGUAUAUAUUGAUAUGUACCUAAUUCUGUGUUGAUAUUACAAGGAUAUGCUGAUCUAAUAUUUGAAAAUAUGUAAUGUUCAAAAUGUACAUAGUUGUCCUCGUAACCAUGGUAACAUACAUUUAAUAAGAUGUGAGAAAUGGGAAUUUUUUUCUUUCUUGUUAACACUUCUGCAUUUAUCUGUGAAUAAUGUAAUUGUUUUCAGAAGUUGUUUUUGUCCAAGAGAGCAUUGAAAACUUUAAAACGAUGAAAGUUGUGAAAAUUUGACUUUUGAAAUCAUGUCAUCGAGCUUUUAAAUUCCUUGUUAUUAAAAAUAUGAACGGUAAAAAUAUUUUAAACUUUGCUUUUUUAAUUUUAUACUCUUUGAAGAUUUUUGCUGUAAAAGAAUUAUCAUGGUGCCAAAAUAAAUAUGAUGCCAAAAUUCAUGUUUCCUUUGGCACGUGUGUGUCAAUCUCAUAAUAAUUGUCAAGUAAGAUCUUAUGUUUUAACCUGGUUAAAUAAUAUUAAAGGUGAUAGAAGAAAAA